AAAUACUAGGAACUCGUUGCGGUCGUCCACGCUGCGCGGCGCUCUCGCUAGGGUUUCGAUUCGACGGCGACGCAGGAACUCCGCAUCCAAUUGAUCUCAUCUUCUUACCGGGCUGUCUUGCAAUCCUCGUUUGCAAAGUUCCUUCUUCUUUGAUCGACCAUGGCGGAACAGACAGAGAGAGCAUUCUUGAAGCAGCCAAAGGUGUUUCUGAGUUCAAAAACAUCUGGCAAGGGGAAGAAGCCUGGAAAGGGUGGGAAUAGAUUUUGGAAGAAUGUUGGUCUUGGCUUCAAGACACCAAGAGAAGCCAUUGAAGGGACCUACAUUGAUAAGAAAUGCCCAUUCACUGGAACUGUAUCAAUUCGUGGUCGCAUCAUAGCAGGCACUUGCCACAGCGCUAAGAUGAACAGAACCAUCAUCGUACGCCGGAACUACCUUCACUAUGUGAAGAAAUAUCAAAGAUAUGAGAAGAGACACUCCAAUAUCCCUGCACACAUUUCCCCUUGUUUUCGUGUAAAGGAAGGUGACCAUGUCAUAAUUGGUCAGUGCAGGCCACUUUCCAAGACUGUUCGUUUUAACGUGCUAAAAGUUAUUCCUGCUGGAUCGACAAGCAGUCGUGGCAAGAAGGGAUUCACUGCGGUUUGAGUUCUGAAUUUCCUUUACGAAAUUUUCCAUUUCAAAGUGAACUUAUUUUUCGAAUCAUGUUAUUCUUAUGAGUUACAACAAGAAUGCUUGUUUACUUUCCAUUUGUCUGAGACAAUAGUUUUUGGAAUAGAACUCCAUAAUUCAUAUUA